AUGCAUCUUCUCAGUACUUUCCUGUUGGCGAUUUGUACUGUUUUCGUUGUUGAAGCGUGCCCAUCACUGCUGGGAGGAGGAGGAGGAGGAGGAGAGGGCGGCAGAGAAGGAAAUGAAUUUCGAGGACCGCCGGGACGAGAUGGGAGUCAGGGACCUCAAGGAUCGCCAGGAAUGCCGGGGCCACCUGGUGACCAAGGAGAAACAGGACAGCCAGGACCAAGAGGUUCGCAGGGUGUGCCAGGUCCCAAAGGACCAAAAGGACAGCCGGGAUUGAAAGGUGAACGAGGACCACAAGGAGAUGANGGACCAAUGGGAGGAAGAUAG